AUAUACAUUGUUGUGUUCGUCUCUUUUGGGUUGAUGACUAACCUUCUGGCCAGGGGUCACCUUCUCUGAAAGGUUAGCGUCAAACUUGGUCCAUCCUCGGCAUCAGCGUGAUCACGAAGGAUGAAGAGGGAAAAUGACUUUGAAUCUUCCUAUCGCCUCCGCUUUUGCUUACUCCAUGUUCAUACUUGUUUAUGAAUCUAUGAAUACUACUCUUUAAACAUCAGUCAUUUUCGUGGGUGAUUGGCUACAUCGCAAAUUGUUUUACACGAGUUGCGCAGACGAAUAUUAUUUCUUACUUUUUUUCUUUUUUUUUUUCCCUUCGGUGCCCCUUCCCUACCCGUCGGAGCCACCGGACCCGCGACCCUGGAUAUUAUUGUGAAGCUCACGCCACUCCUUUCCGAUCACCCAUUCCGUUUCUCAGGUGUGGUGUGAUCUGUCCAACUGCAUCUCUCGAAUUUCCACGCUUAUAUCUCAUCCCUCCUACUACAACGAUUGGCAUCCAUAACUGGGCGUUUCCCGUUUGACAGCCAUGCCUGGAAGGACUCUGCCAAAGUUUACCUCGGCUGAGGUCGAGUCUCACAAUAAUGCCAAAUCUUGCUAUGUGACUCUAGGAUCAAAAGUGUACGACAUUACCUCUUUUGUCGAUGAUCAUCCUGGUGGCGGCGAUUUGAUCCUUGAGUAUGCUGGAAAAGACGUCGAAGAAAUUCUGCGCGAUGCUGUCUCUCACGAACACUCGGAAGCAGCCUAUGAUAUUCUGGAGGACAGUCUGAUUGGUUUUAUUGCCUCCGAUUCGAUUGGCAAAGGUACAAGCAUAGAUGGCGCUAAAGCAAAUGGUGUCGGAGGAACAUCGGGCCCAGUAUAUGCCGCAACUGGAAUGUCCCGCGAAGAGGAUCUGUCUGUUGAGACGGACUACUCCAAGGAUUACCAGACGUAUAAGUUCUUGGAUCUCAACAAGCCUCUUCUUAUGCAGCUCUGGAACGGUGGCUUCACCAAAGAGUUCUACUUGCAACAGAUCCACCGUCCGCGCCAUUACAAAGGAGGAGAAUCGGCUCCUCUCUUUGGAAACUUCCUGGAGCCACUGAGCAAGACCGCAUGGUACGUGGUUCCCAUGAUUUGGCUGCCACCUGUUACCUACGGUACCGUGCUCGGGUUUGCUGGGCUGAAGAAUGUGUCUACUGCAGCUGCAUAUUGGACUGGUGGCCUUUUCCUGUGGACUUUGAUCGAGUACAUUAUGCAUAGAUUCCUGUUCCAUCUUGAUCGAUAUCUUCCUGAUAACCGGGUUGGCUUGACCCUCCAUUUCCUGUUACACGGCAUUCAUCACUAUCUUCCUAUGGACAAAUACCGACUUGUGAUGCCACCAACGCUUUUUGUUAUCCUUGCUACACCGUUUUGGAAGCUGGCGCAUACUGUCUUCUUCUAUAAUUGGUACGCCGCCUUGACAGUAUUUUGUGGCGGUGUAUUCGGUUAUAUAUGUUAUGACUUGACCCAUUAUUUCCUCCAUCAUCGCAAUCUUCCACUCUACUAUAAGGGGCUCAAGAAGUACCACCUUCAACAUCAUUUUGCCGAUUUCGAUAAUGGUUUCGGUGUCACCAGCCGAUUUUGGGACCGUAUCUUCGGUACUGAGCUUGAAACACCGGCACCUAAGGACGUGAAGACACAGUGAACAUACUCACAUAACACUUUGCAUUCAUCACAAAUAUCCUAAGUAUGAAGUCAUGCCGUGGAUGAUUGCGGGUUAGUCUUUUAUUCAUGUUUGUUUCUGAACCAAUUGGAUUUCGAAAGCUUAGUUUUUGUUCUAUCCUACUCUACUUCAUGUAUAGUGAAUUCGGUCAACUGCUAUUGCAGGACCUUGAUUCCUCCCAUACGCAUAGUAUGAUCAUGGUCUUCGGCGAGGCCAUUUUGUCAAAUAGUGUUUAUACGAUUGUAUAUGAUGAUAACACCUAAUAUAUAAUUACAUUUACCAUCAGCAGCAUGCUUACUGGAACAUAAGAUUGAGUAACCGUGCUUGUGGCGAUAUUUCCAUGGUUCAUUCAGAAAAUUGUUCGGAGGCAAUAAAUGCCAAGAUGCACCACGUGAUAUAGGCCGCUUUUCAUUUCCACCCAACCUUGCCUGUUAUCUCGUACCACUUCAAUGACUCUUGACCCUCGAUAACUAACCCCUUUU